UACGAUUCGAUGAGGUUAAGCGGUCACGAAAUCGCGUUUGUGCUGGGCAAAGGUGGAUCCACGAAGGCCAAAAUCGCGAGUGCGGCGGGGUGUAGUAUCGACAUCGACAGCGAGCGGGGCGUAGCAGAAGUUUUUUCGAACACGAGCUUCUUCAACGUGAAGAAAGGCUUAAAAUAUGUGCGUCUGUGCAAGCUGUCCCGUAACAUCAAUGUCCGACUGCGGCUGCCGGACGACGAUGACGGGGAUUUGACGGUGAUGCGGGUACCGAGCGACUGUGCGGGCUUCGUUACUGGGCGCGAGGGAGCUUUUCUGCGCGCAUGCGAAGAGCAGUACGGAACUUUCAUGUUCUUCUGCGACCUUCCCGACUUAGACCGAGGUGGGGGCAGCAACUCCUCGGGCGCAGCAGCAGGAGGUAAAAAUAGCCGGAAAAAGGGCCGCGGGAAGAAAGGAGCCGCCGCGGCGAAUAAUUCGCCGUCGCCGAUGGACGAUGGAGUCGACUAUCUGGCGGUCUUCGGCGACGAAAUGGGUCGCAAAGGAGCGAGCUUGAAAAUCAUGGGCGCAGUGGAGACGAAAUUACCUGGCUACUAUUUGGAUGACAUCGACUCGAACUACAUCUCGGACGAAGCGGGCUUCGACACCGAAACACGACAGCUCUCGAACGACGAGAUGAGUUUUGCCAUGGGACGGGAGGGCCUCACACGCCGCAAGAUUGCCCGUGCGAGCAAUGGCGGCGUCCUCGAGUUCGUGGGCCUUGUCGCGUUCCUGUGCGGCAAGAUGCCGGUGCGCCGACGCUUGCGAGACUACCUAGAGAUGCUGUUGAAGCAGCGCGCAUACGGCCACAUCCACGUCCCAGACAAGAUGGAGCGAGACGACUGCACCGUUUUGAAGAUCCCGUCCACCUACAUGGGCUUGGUGCGCGGA